GGCUUCUAUAAAUACUGACCUUUGCCUUUGCUUUUUCCUCCCCCUCCUCCUUGCAUCCUUCAUUACCAUAAUACUGCAAUAUUGCUAUCUAGAACUUUCCUUCUUCCUAACCCACACCCUAUUCAUUCUUCUCUUUCUGGUUUUCUGCCUGAAAUGGAGUACGAGGACCGCUUCAGACAGAACCAGAGACCAAAAUAUGAUUGCCUUCUUUUUGAUUUAGAUGAUACCUUGUAUCCACUAAGCACUGGUAUUGCAAAAGCGUGUGGCCAAAAUAUUAAAGAUUAUAUGGUGGAAAAGCUUGGCAUAGAGAAAAGCAAAAUCGAUGACUUGUCCAACCUCCUCUACAAGAACUAUGGAACAACUAUGGCUGGUUUAAGGGCAAUUGGAUAUGACUUUGACUAUGAUGAAUAUCACAGUUUUGUUCAUGGAAGAUUGCCUUAUGAGAACUUGAAACCAGACCCAGUUCUGAGGAACCUUUUGCUGAGCCUGCCCUAUAGGAAACUAAUCUUCACAAACUCAGACAAAGUCCAUGCAGUUAAAGCACUCAGCAGGCUUGGAUUAGAGGACUGCUUUGAAGGAAUCAUUUGUUUUGAGACGCUUAAUCGCAUCCAUAAAAACACUGUCUCCGAUGAUGAAGAUGACAUUGAGUUUGUGGGGGGUUCAAACACAACCAAUCCAACCACAAAAAAAGAUGCUAGAACCUCACAAAUCUUUGACAUCAUUACCCACUUUUCUCAAUCCAAUCCCAACACAGUUUUGCCUAAGACACCAAUUAUUUGCAAACCAUCAGAACAUGCCAUUGAAUUGGCUCUCAAGAUAGCCAACCUUAACCCCCAAAGAACUUUGUUCUUUGAGGACAGUACCCGUAACAUACAAGCUGGAAAACGUGUGGGUCUUCACACUGUGCUGGUUGGAAAAUCUCAGAGAAUUAAAGGAGCAGAUUAUGCAUUAGAGAGCAUCCACAACCUUAGAGAGGCUGUGCCAGAACUAUGGGAAGAUGACAUAAAAUCAGAAGUUGCUUACCCAGGAAACCUUGCUGUGGAGACAUCUGUGACUGCUUAGUAAUCACAAACCAAAAAAAAGAAAAACAGAGAAGCCCUUUGUGAAUUUCCCAAGUUCGAACCUAGGAACUGUAGCUGAUGUAGAUGCUUUGAUCAUAUUAUAAUAAAUUAAUAUUUGCACUUCACGUA